GCGCGGGGCACGCCGGGAGGCGGGCGCGCGCGCGCGCCAUGGCGCUGAGCAAGUGCAUGCACGCGCGGAACCGGUACAGGGACAAACCGCCCGACUUCGCGUACUUGGCGGGAAAGUACCCCGCGUUCCGGCAGCACGUGCGCUGCUCCCUCGCCGGCAGGGUCAGCCUGAAUUUCAAGGACCCUGAGGCGGUGAGAGCUCUGACAUGCACCCUCCUGAAGGAGGAUUUUGGGCUUACGAUUGACAUCCCUGUGGAAAGGCUUAUUCCCACCGUUCCCCUGAGGCUGAACUACAUCCACUGGGUGGAGGACCUCAUUGGUCACCAGGAUGCAGACAAGCAAGUCCUCAGGCGAGGCAUUGACAUAGGGACAGGAGCAUCUUGCAUAUACCCGUUACUUGGAGCUACUUUGAAUGGCUGGUAUUUUCUUGCAACAGAAGUGGAUGAUAUGUGCUUCAAUUAUGCCAAGAAGAAUGUGGAACAGAAUAACUUGUCUGAUCUUAUAAAAGUGGUUAAAGUACCACAGAAAACCCUACUAAUGGAUGCACUGAAAGAAGAAUCUGAGAUCAUUUAUGACUUCUGCAUGUGCAAUCCCCCCUUUUUUGCCAACCAGUUGGAAGCAAAGGGAGUAAAUUCUCGAAAUCCACGGCGUCCUCCUCCCAGCUCUGUAAAUACAGGAGGGAUCACAGAAAUCAUGGCUGAGGGGGGAGAACUAGAAUUUGUGAAAAGAAUUAUUCAUGAUAGUCUACAGCUUAAAAAGAGAUUACGAUGGUACAGUUGCAUGUUGGGGAAGAAAUGCAGUUUGGCACCAUUGAAAGAGGAACUUCGAAUCCAGGGGGUUCCUAAAGUUACUCAUACUGAAUUCUGCCAGGGGCGCACCAUGAGAUGGGCACUGGCAUGGAGUUUCUAUGAUGAUGUACAAGUGCCUUCACCUCCCUCUAAAAGAAGAAAAUUAGAAAAACCCCGAAAACCAAUUACAUUUAUGGUUUUGGCAUCUACUGUCAAAGAGUUAUCCAUUAAAGCUGCAACUCUGGGCUGGGAUGCUGUAGAAGCUCUUGCUGUGGUUAGAGCCUGGAUAGAGAAGAUUCUUAUUGAUCUGAAGGUUCAGCAUAAACGUGUUCCUUGCGGAAAAGAUGAAGUUAGCCUGUUUGUGACUGCCAUUGAAAACUCCUGGAUUCAUUUGAGGAGAAAGAAACGAGAGAGAAUAAGGCAAUUACGAGAACUUCCUCGUGCUUCUGAAGAUGUUCUGCAAGCAAUGGAAGGGAUAAAAACGAGCCAGAAGAGCUCAAGCAACAAUUCGAACUAUGAAAACCCCAAGACUGAAGACUCUGAAACAGGGUUUGUGGCACCUGAUGAGGAUGUCUCCUUGACCGCAGGUGAUGAGCUAACAGAAGAAUCUGCUGCUAAAGAAGAACACAGUGAGCAUGUGAAGGAGGAGAAGACAGAAGUGAAGCCGGGAGAAACAUCACUUGGCAAAGGUUCCAGUAAUGCAAAGGAGGAGCCUUGCCCUUCAGAGGAAGCUAGCAAUCUAACAGCUGAAAAAGAACAAAGUCCCAAAGAGACUAGUAGUUGUUUUCUCUUUAAGUGUUUAAUAAAUGUGAAGAAAGAAGGCGAUGAUGUAGUAGUAGAAAUGCACUGGGUUGAAGGACAGAACAGAGACUUGAUGAACCAGCUGUGCACAUACUUAAGGAACCAAAUUCUUCGACUGGUUGCCAGUUAGUCCUUUCUCCUGCUUUGGUAAAGGAAGUCAAUCCUGAAAUUUUGUAAACUGUUUUUAACAGAUUAAAGUUUUCAGAUAGCAAAACCUGUUUUUUCUCCUUAGAAGAGAGUAAAAUGGAGACAGAAGUCUCCUUUAAUAUUUUAAAUAGCUUUUUCAGCACUGCGAGGAGUACAUGAAGUGUACUGUCUUGGACAUGAAGUGAUGGGAAAGUAAUAGAUUUUGUGCUGCAGUUGUAAAACUACACGUUAAAGUGAAAUAUGUCUAUGCUAUGGCUGUUUCAAAUAGCAGCAGUGCUUAUUCUGCUCUUUUUACUGGUGCAAUAGGAUUGUAUAUUGUUACUAAGUAGAAAUCUUUGCUGAAAUAUUUUCUUCAAUAUUUUUUCAAUACUAAUGCAAGAAAUUGCUAGUCUGCUGUGGGAGUUAUUCUCUGCAGAGAGGAGUCUUCAAAUAACGAUUUAAGUAUGCUUCUCUUCCCUUUAGUGCAUUUAACCUUUGAUCUACAGAGUAGCAAGAUGGAUACAUCUCCAAAGUGUCAGUUCAUACAAAUAGUCGCUGUAGAAAAAAACAUGUGUUGUACUUUAGUGGUACUUGGGCUCUGAAACACAGAAAGGCCUGCUGUUAGCGUCUGGUUUUCUAAACUUUGUUUUAACAACAAAGUAAGAUUUUUGAGCUGUUUGGUUUGGAGAGGAUUUAACUAUGUUGACUGUUUCAUUAGACUGUUCCUUAAACUAAUUAAAAUAUAAUUUUCUGAAAUGACAGCUGUGUUCUAAAAGGCUUUUGCUUUCAUUUGAUCGUGAUUGCUUUAAUGACAGGAAUGAGAGCACAUGCUCAUCUACAUUGGCCAGAAAUUCCUUAUGCAGGACAAAGAUGCUUACAGAAGCUUUAGGCUAACUGGAAAGGAAGCUGUUGUAUCCACACCUGACUGCCUGGUCCUUUUUAGCAACGUUUUCCCAGUGUUCCUGGGCCAGUGAUCUGUUCCUGUGAGAAGAGAGGCUAAGGGACAUGGGUCUUGGGUGUGUCUGUGUGUUUGCGAUUGAGCGGUAUUGUUUCACAUGAAUUCAGCCUCCCAAGCUGUGAACGAUGUUUCUGUAGAGAACACAGAGAGAAGGUUUUUCUGAGAGUGAAGCGUGUGCCUGUGUUGCCCAAAAUGAAAGAUGCACUCCUGAUGGACAGAA